ACUCGUAGGCUUCCGUAGGAAACGUGGCGUCGGGUUUGUUGACUUUUUUUUAUCUCAGUCAGCUGACCUGGUCUCGCGUUAUCAACAAACCAGACAAAAGGACACAAUGACAUUGCUACGUUCACUUUUAGUUUGUCUUGUUCGCUUGUAGCAAAAAGAAUCCCAAGAUGACAGUUAUUUGUGCGACUUGACUGACUCAGUGUCCCGCUGCGAGGCUACGGCGAGGCUUGCUAGUUAGCUGCUGACAUGGAGGGCAUUUUGUACAAAUGGACCAACUACAUGACAGGCUGGCAGCCGCGCUGGUUCGUCUUAGACAACGGAGUCAUCUCCUACUACGACAGCGAGGACGACGUUGGCAAAGGCAGCAAAGGAUCCAUCAAGAUGUCUGUGUGUGAAAUUAAAGUUCACCCGACGGACGCCACACGUCUGGAGUUGAUCAUUCCGGGCGAGCAGCACUUUUACGUGCGGGCAGUGAACGCAGCAGAGAGACAGAGGUGGCUGGUGGCGCUGGGAUCGUCCAAAGCGGGAACGCUGGACGGUCACAGACACAAAGGUCCUGAUUGUCUAAAGACAAAAAUGUCAGAGCUGCGUCUCUACUGUGACCUCCUUGUCCAGCAGGUGCAAACCAUCCAAUCACAGUCCACCACAGACCCAGAGACCACACCCACAUCUGAGGCAUCCCUCCUCAGUGCCACCUGUGCCACCUUCAUCAGGACACUGGAGGAGUGCAUCACCUUGGCCCGGCACAGCGUUGCGCCUGACCUUCAACCUCCUGAAAGGUUGAGGAGGUCAGUCAGUCACCCUGGAAUGUCCACUUUGGACAGGUCUGGGAUCCUGAAAGAGAGCUGGAGCGGAGGUCCAAGGUGGAAGCAGCGACGGAACCGGGCGAGCUCAGACAGCUCCGUGUACGACGGCGAGCCCACGUAUAAAGGUUUGCUUCCGAGCCUCGGCAGCGAGUCGUCCUCCAUCCCCGAGGAGCGCGGUAACGGCGUGAGUCCAAAGACCACGCCCACUGACACGGACACUGACCUGUCCUUCUGAAGGUCGCUAUCGAGGCCACGAAUGUAACUUUUAUAGAGUGAGAGGUUUGUCAAAUGUGCACUUUGGACUUUUGGACUUACACCCCCUGGCCCCCACCCCCUCCACAAUGUGAACAAGUGCUGCCAUGUUGUUGUGAUGACCGCGACUGCGACUGUGAAUGUGCAGCAAACAUCACAGCUUUGUUCCGUCGCGCUCUGCUGGGACCAUCACCUUUGGCUCCGCCCCCCACUCACGCCCCUGCGCCAGGUGAACUCCUGCUUUCAGUCGGUGUUGGGGGGGGGGUGGAAUGUUUCUCGUGUUAUUGUGACUGAAAGUGUCAUGGCACGGCAAGAGGCGGGACAUCAUUUUGCAAUCCUUAGCGGGCUUCAGCUUUAAAAGUCAACAACCUUCACUUCCUGGCAGCUUCUUGUGCACUUUAAAACUCCUUCUUGGUGUCUGUCACCAUGGUAACUUACCCCCAGGUGUGAAGCACUUAAAAGCACUCAGCUUACGUAAACAAAUAUUAUUAUAAAAAAAAUUUCUGAAGGAAAUAUGCAGAUGUAAUGAAAUGUUUUUGACCCCCAAAUAAAAAAAACCCCAGA